GCUAUAGGGCGGGACGUGCUGAUUGAGCGGCCUUUGACUGGAGGAUCAUUGCGCAUGCUGCUGAAUGCGCGCGCACCACGCGAGGGGAGGGGAAGCGGGUCAGGGUGCCAAAAUAUCUCCACGUACUUGCUGUAUCUUAACCACACGUGUGACAGUCUGCCAUGGAAGACUCCAUUGAGGUGAUUCUGCAAGACCAUAGCAAGGUCUUUCCCACCAGCAGACCACAUCCAGUCGUGUCUGCCUGCACAGGGGCCCUGCUCACGGGCCUUUAUGGAGUAUGGAGCCUCUUUGCCGUCCCCGGCUUCCGCAGAGUCCCAUGGCGCCUCAAGGUUCCAUAUUUGCCUUCCAGUAAAGAUCAGACGCUGAAUGUUAUGAAACUUCUCGAGGGGCGAACCGGUCGCUUGGCAGAUCUGGGAUCCGGAGAUGGAAAACUGGUGUUUGCUGCCUCUUCUGCUGGUUUCCAGUGCACAGGGUUCGAGAUCAACUCAAUUUUAGUGGCAUAUGCCAGGAGCAAGGCCUCCUUCACAGGGGUCCCCUCCAGCCAGGCAACCUUUGUUAAAAAAGACUUCUGGAAGACUGAUCUAUCUUCGUACAACAAUGUGACAGCUUUCCUCGCUCCAGGCGUGAUGGAGGUGCUAGGCGAUAAGCUGCUGAACGAGCUUUCCGAUGAUGCGCGUGUCAUCGCUUGUCGUUUUCCUUUCCCCAACUGGCCACAACAAUUCUCUGCUGGCUCGGGACUUGACGAGACCUUUGCCUAUGACAUGAGAGCUGUGAGAUCACACCUGAGAAAUGUAUCGAACACUCCCGAGAAAUAAGUCGGUGUGUCUUUCCAGUACUGUGAUUCUCGACAGCUCUUAAUCUUCCCAUCACUAUAAAUGGCCAAAUAAGGUGAUACUUAAAAGAAAUUGUUGAUGUCAGUCGUGGGCUCUCAUGAAAAGUGGUCUGUCUGAAGGAUGUCUGCAAGGAUGAGAAGGACUGAGCAGAUUGUCAGAAGGAUUUUGACAUCCUUUGACGCCUGCAGCAUUUGUUCAGUCUCUCAGAAAAGACCUAGUCUGUGCCGUAGUUCUGACCAUUUCUGUGUAAAUGCUCUCAUGCAUCUGCGAUCGGUUGUCACAGUAGCUCUCUUUCUGGACUCUACUCCACUACAAACAAUUGCACUUUUCCAUUCACUAACAAACAUGAUGCGAGGCAGUUUGCUGACACACAGGACCUGACAAGGGAAGGAAAGGGGGGUGGUGCAUGCAGAGAUGAAUGACAGUCUUCAGACGCCCAGGAACAGACUCCAAUCAUUUUGAAAAGUUUAAUAGUUGUAUCCCACUUUUCUCUCGCAUGUUUGCAGUUUGAUAUGUACUGAUAUGUUGAAUUUGCAUGUGUGUGUUUCAGAAUUACCCUCCACUCUGAGUCCAGUUCAUUGCACUUUUCAAAUUGUGCCACAGGUGAUGCAACGUAAAUUUGAUUUUUGUGGGUGUUAUGGAAUAAAUAAAUUCUGCAAACUCUA